UCAAAGGCCGUGAGCUGGAGCCGUUUGGUACUGGGGCACAAACCACCGACUGCGGGUAACCCGGGGCAACCGGCGGGCUGCAGCGGCCCGCGAUGUGGGCGGCCGAGGAGCGGAGGCCGCUGCUGGGCCCGGGGGCCUGCGAAGGGAGCCGGGUGUUCGGGCGCCGCUGGUUGGUGCUCGGCGUCUUCUCGCUGCUCGGCUUCGUGCAGGGCCUGGUGUGGAACUCGUGGGGGCCGAUCCAGAACUCGGCCCGCCGCGCCCUGGGCUUUAGCACCCGCGACAUUAGCCUGCUGGUCCUGUGGGGGCCCAUCGGCUUCCUGCCCUGCUUCCUCUUCACCUGGCUGAUGGACAAGAGAGGCCUGAGACUAACUGUGGUUCUCACUGCCUCAUUAAUGAUGAUUGGCACCUUACUGAGGUGUAUUCCCAUAAAUAAUCAAUUAAUCAAAAGAUGGUUGAUCCACACAGGACAGCUGUUGAAUGGAUUAGCUGGUCCUGUUGUUGUGAAUGCUCCUCCAUUUCUUUCGACAACCUGGUUUGCACCAGAUGAGAGGGCUACAGCCACUGCCAUUGCAUCGCUGUUCAACUACUUUGGAGGGGCUUGUGCGUUUUUGGUGGGCCCAUUAGUAGUUCCAGCACCCAAUGGUACUACUCCACUGCUUACUGCCUCCAGCCAUAGCAAUGACUCCAUAAGGGAUCAUAUCCAAGCAUUGUUAUAUGCAGAAUUUGCUGUGGCUGUUUUGCUGUUUGCUAUAGUGAUCGCCUACUUCCCAGCCCACCCUCCUCUUCCACCCAGUAUAGCUGCUGCAAGCCAGAGGCUGAACUACAGAACCAGCAUCUGCAGACUUCUUGGCAAUUUCAGAUUUUUAAUGAUUGCAUUGGCCUUUGCAAUGCCUCUAGGUAUAUUAGCAGGCUGGUCAGGAGUACUCGAUGUAAUUGUAACGCCACUCAAGGUGAGCCAGGUUGAUGCUGGUUGGAUUGGGUUUUGGUCAGUAAUUGGUGGCUGCAUUGUUGGAAUACUGGUUGCAAGAUUUGCAGACUUCUUCAGAGAUAUUAAACUUAUCCUGCUGCUGCUUUUCUCUGGAGCCACACUGUCAUCCGCAUGGUUUGCCCUCACUUGCUUCAACAGUGUCACCCAUCUGCCUAUAACACGAGAAACUUUAUAUACAUCAUGCAUCUUAACUGGAGUAUUCAUAAUCAGUAGUGUUCCCUUCUUCUUUGAACUCUUUGUGGAGACUGUAUACCCAGUGCCAGAGGGGAUAACCUGCGGAUUCGUCACCUUUUUAAGCAAUGUCUUCAUGGGAUUAUUAUUAAUGUUUCUGGCAUUUUAUCAUACAGAUGUUUCCUGGCUCAAUUGGUGCCUGACUGCAUCGUGUAUGUUCAGUCUGAUGCUUAUUCUGUUGUUCAAGGAAUCCUAUGAUAGACUCUACCUCGAUGUUCUUGUCUCUGUUUGACGUUUUGUAGACAGAAGCAGUGGAUGGAUUUUAAAGUCCCCUUGGAUUUGAAUUGCACACUUGUUAGGAAUUGCACUUUUUCCCAAAAAAAGGAAUGGAGAAACUCAGACCUGUAGCUUUCCCAUUGGUGUUUUUUUAAAUUCAACCUUGAUGUCAGAAAUUAAAAUUGCUAAUUAGUAGUGUAAGAUUGGCGAUGUGUGUGAAACAAUAAGCUGAUGUGUGUUCUGUGAAUGAUGGACUGUUUUAAGAAUGUAAGUGUCUUGGUACUGAUCAUACAAUCGACACAGACAAAGCAAGUGGUGGGCUGCAGUUAAAAAAUUGUCUAGGGAAAUGUUGAUGGCAACCACAGUUGAAUAAUCAUGCCUUCAAUUUUAUCGUGGCAAAUGCCUUCCUUGAGGCUGAAAAAGGUAAUGGUGAAGAAUUAUUAUUUAAUGCAAUUGAGUAAGGAAAGGUUGGUGCUACUUUAAUAUCAAGUAUGUUCUUCCUGCUAUUGGUUUAAGCAGCACUACAUGGCAACUUGACAAGAUGGGGUCAAAUCUGAAUUAUUAUAUUGUCUUGACCUGCCAUUCGAUGGGCACGGUAGGCAUGAGGUUACUACAGAUUGCACUGUACUGGAAUUGCCAAUGGGAAAUGUUAGUAAAGUACUGAAUGCAAAGUAACAGUUGCUGUUUACACUGAUAAUUAUCUCCUAAGAGAUUUCAGCAUCCAGCCAGUGCUCACUGGUGCAUCACAUCAAACCUAAUGUGGAUCUUUAUUUUCUCAGUCGGCUGUGCUUUCUGUUAUUUUUUUCUGGCACGGUCUAGUGUGGUUGUCACUAACCAGUAAUCGUGAGCGACUGAUGCCCUGAAACUGAUGAGGGAAAGAAUUGCUAAGCACAAGAACAUUCCAGGUGCACUGACACCAGGGAUAAUUAAUGCACGGACUGAUAGCCCACACGUAUUCCCUCACCUCACUUUGUGUAGAGAUUCUGCGAUCACUUGCAAAAGAAUUGAGUGCUUACUGUCAUAACCUGUAAUUAUCCACGAGUUCAGUCACAUCCCUGCAGCUUGGAGUUCUGACAGCAUAUUUUGGAGUCUGUUGUAGUUUUGUCUCAACAAUUAUUUUCUCUUACCCGAACCAUUUCAGCCUGUGUAAUUUUGCUUCUACCAUAUUGACUUGAAUGUUUUCUGAAGCUUCUGAUAAAGCUCAGUGAAGGACAAGGAACGGGAGUUUUUUUCUUAUCCAGGUGACGCCAACAACAUCCAAAAUGGAACUGCAGAAUGGAACUGGACGGAGGCUCACAAGGUUAUGGCAUCUUUGUUGUUGUUUACAGAAUUACAAUGUCAGGUGCUGCUAUCAUGAGUAUAAGAUGAAUGGAAAAUAUUUUCUUAAAAGAACUGUAUUACCCAUGUUAUUUGCCUGUAUCUUGAUUACCUGUUUGGGGAAUAAAACAGGGAAUGUGAACUGUUAAUGAUACUGCAAACAAAGGCAAUAUUUUUCCUUAAGUUUUUUUUUAUUUAAAAGCUACAUUUGUUGUGCAUUAUAGUGAGUUGGUAAUGAAAGGGAAGCAGUUAAUCUGUUUUUGGAUCUCCUUAAUAGUAAAAAUACUCUUCCAUGAUACUUGUUUUCGUAUGUCAAGGGCCCUGACUCCAACUUCUCGUGAAAGCAGUUCUCUUUCAUCCACCCACUUCCCCGUCCACCUCCGCACCAAGAUUAGAGAGUGAGUGAAAACAUUGAGUGCAAUAUCUUUGCCAUUAAAUAUGACGCAGGUGUUUAGAAUGAAUGGUAUGGAGAGAGCUGUAGUUGAGCAAUUCCAUUCUGCCUGUUAACUUUCCCCCACUGUGGUAUUAGGAUAUACUGUACCUCUGAAUUGCAAGAUUAACAAUUCUUAAGAAUGAAAUUCUAGUCUUUCCUAAUCCAAUGUUACCAAUCCUUUACAAACAUUGAUCAGUAGUAGACUUUGCCGAUCUGUUACAUGCUAUCUUUAGGUAGAUGCUCUGUUUUGUAAUUGAUGUCUAAAAUUACAAUCUUAACUGCUUUAUUUUUAAGCAUUGUGUCCUUAAAAUGAAGUUGCAUUAAUUAUUCUUCUAAGAUUUGCUACUUAGAACAGCUGUGGGGAAGGUAUAUUUCCAAGUUAUAAUAUUUGUAAACUGGCCUGCUGUCAAGUUGUUUUUAAAAUCAUUGCACAACGUUCUGUAUCUCUCACUGAAGAAUUACAUUGUACUUUUUCUGUGUGUGUGUUCUGCAGGGUACUUCCUGAAUAAAGUUUUCAAAAUGUGA